GCGAGACUUCAACAUUUGCCGAACUGUUGUAUCUGGUAAAAUAAAUCCAAAACGUGAACAAUUCCUCAGAUGGUGCUAUGAACUUCCUGUUGAAGAAGGUCUUGGGAUUUUUCCUGGGGAUCAUAGGGAUAUUCACACGACUAUUCAGACGUGCAAUAUGUAGAGUGAAGGGCCAUAGGAGAGACUCGGGCACAAUUCUUCCACUUGCCAACAAGCAUUUAGAAGCCGUAUCAUCAGUACAACAGUCCUUCCCAGGAAAUGAAGAGGUGGAGAUGCAAUCAUGGGAUAAUUGGGGAGGUGAAGAACAACCAUUAGGUGUCGCAGUUCAAGAUCACCAUGGCAACAUAGCUCCAGCAACUAAUCACACAUCUAAUAAUAUCAUUAGUAACAGUCACCAUAGCAGCAAUAGAAAAAGUGCUGAGCCUGAAGAAGAACCAGAUUUAGACUUUUUUCAAGACAUGGCUCCAUCAUAUAAAAAACCAAAGAAGGUUUUGGUGAAAAAGCGUCAAGAUUUGAAUUCAGGCCAGAGUGGGAACAUGUCAAGUAGACUAGCCAUGCACACAGUAGCACCAGCAGCAAGUGCUGACCUUGAUGAAUGGCAGGACGACACUAAUGCUUGGGAUGAGGAAGAUGAAGACUUGUCACUCGAGGCUGAGGCCACUAUUAAAGAAAAAAGACGUUUAGAACGAGAACGUAGACAAUUAGAACAUCAAAAACGAAAAUUAGAAAAAGAAGCUCAAAGAUCUCGAAAAACUAGUGACAGUCUUAGUGCUGUACGAUUAUCAUGAUAUCUGCACAUAGAGAAUAUUAUUGAAACAUCUGCAAUGUGUAUAUGAAUCAGUGCUCUGAAAUUCUAAGAGGGGAAGAGUGAAGCUUAUAUUAAAGGGUAUGGCCAAAAUGAAUUCAAGAAGCCCUGGUCUGCUUCCGCUAUGAACAAAUUGGAAAUCCAAUUACUGGUAGGCUAUAUAAGUCACAUGCAUCAAUAUGACUUGUAUUAUUGCUGAAUUGGUAAUGCCUGUAUAGCACAACCAGUUGCUAAAGCUGAAAUGUAGCAAUAUAUAAUUAUUAAAGCUAACUAUGUAUUCAUUUUUAUUAGUUCUUAAAGGAAUAUGUAAUGUAUGGUAGCCCAACCUUGUCCGUCUUGAUUUGAUUAAGUCAUGAUCAUGACCAUUAUGCGGUGCAUAGAAACUAGGAUUUGGGUGCCAUUUCCUUGUGAUUGACAAAAACCCUGAACUUUGUUUACAUUGUAACUGAAAGGAUACAUCAAUGCUUGAAAUAAUUUCAAUGUGAAAGCAUUCUCUUAAGCAGGUGUCCAGAUUCCAUACCUCCUUCAAAGAAAGAAGAUAUUCUGAAUUU